AGGAACUUGAAAAGAGGUGUGCUGUUACAAUGAGUUAUUAGUUAAUUGAUUAUAGUUCUUUUUGGGCUUGAAGUUUGAGCAAGUGUUGAACAUAAGUUGUUUUUCAGUUCUUAAUAGUCGAAGUGUGAGUUGGUGCCAUCUACUGGUGGAUUCUUGUAUAUUUCACGUAAUACUGAGACUUUUACGCUUCCUCUCUGAAAGGAAGCAGGAAGUAGGAAGUAGUUCUGUUACUAUCGUCAAUGCACAUGGUGAACUCUUCUCCUAAUCUCUUUGAAUUGUUUCCAUCCUCAGCCCUGCAACAGCAUCGCCUUUUCACCCUUGCCUAAAACCAUUAAACCUGUGGACAAAAGAAACACUUGUCUUCAGAGUCGUGUGAAGGCUAGGAGUCUAGCUGACUGUCAAACCACUAACGCAGCGUAGAGGACAGUACAGUGAAAAGGCAGCUGCAAGGUAAGAGGAGCUCAGAGUGACACAAAGUACGUUUGUUGAAGACACUGGAGUCUGCACCGUCACUGAAAACUAGAUCAUGUGCAUCUUGCUCAUCCAAGCAGUCAAGUGGUUUAUCUACACACACAGCAGCUGCUGUCGCCAGAGCAGAAGCAGCCAAGGCACGCUUAGCGUAUGUAGUUCAAGAAAUGAGAAUAAAGCUGGAAAAAGCCGAACUGGAGGCGAAACUGGACAGAAUGGCAUUAGAAAAGAGAAACUGUCGCAGCAGUAGCCGAAGCUGAAGUACUAGAGGCAGCUCUUGACAUGAGUGAGCAACGCAGCCAUGAGCUUCACCUGGAAGCAACCCCUCUCGCUCCUAUGAGGCGGACAAGAGAGUACGUUGACCACUCUAAUGCUUACGACAUCACACGAUCAGCACCAGACAUAGAUCCAUCUACUUUAGAUGAGACUAUACAGCUUCACACAGAGCUACAAGCAUCGAGCCCUGUUCCUGCUUCACGUCUCAAAACAGAGAAUGGUCCAGACGAUGCUGAUCUUCACACUAAUAGAUCAUCCCAACCACCACAGUUCACUUCCGAUGUGCCUCAGCCCGCAAGUAAUGAGCAAAAGGACCACUGUAAACAUUAGACACGAUUUAAGCAAUGUAGCCCUCCUCCUCCUUUUCCAAUGCCCCGAUCUCAGUUUCUCCAGUACGAUAAUUCUAACAUUACAGACUUCGUCAGAUACCUUGCCUGCCGUGAGAUAGUCAACACUGGCCUGAUCCAGUUCAAUGACCAACCAGAAAGCUACAGAGCCUGGCAACGCUCUUUUUGCAAUGCAGCCAGCAGCUUGAACUUGACACCUAGUGAAGAAAUGGAUCUGCAAGUCAAAUGGCUGGGGAAGGAGUCAACCGAACAUGCUAAAUGCAUGAGGUCAGUACAUAUUAACCAACCUCAUAAGGGUCUCAAAAUGAUAUGGGACAGACUGGAAGAGUGUUAUAGUGCUCCAGAAGUAAUAGAAAGUGCACUGUUUAGACGUGUCAAUAGUUUUCCUAAAAUUUCGAGCAGGGAUUACUCUAAGCUCCAUGAAUUGGGAGACCUCCUUAUGGAAGUGGAGUCAGCUAAAGCAGAUGGGGACCUUCCAGGGCUGUCAUACCUUGAUACAGCCUGGGGCAUCAACCCUAUAGUCCAAAAAGUACCAUUCAAUUUACAAGAGGAGUGGCUAUCAUAUGGUUCCAGCUAUAAAGAGACAUAUCGUGUCCCUUUCCCCCCUUUUUCAGCUUUAGUUGGCUUCAUCUGUCAGCAAGCUAGAAUAAGAAAUGACCCAGGACAAGGAGAGCCACCUCCUAAAGCAGACAAAGGCAUUUGGAAAACAAGUAGACAGAAAGAAAUCUCAGUUUACAAGACUGACUUGUCUCCUGCUCCCAGCAGCAAAGAAAGACAAGAAAAGAAAACUGAAGAUGCUCAAAGACUAUGUCCUAUUCACAAGAGGCCCCACUUGCUCCGAAAAUGCCGUGCCUUGAAGGAAAAGGGCAUCUGUUUCAAAUGCUGCUUAGGCACAUCACACACAGCUAAGAUCUGUAAAUAUAAUGUCACAUGCUCAGAGCAUGGAAGUGAGAAACAUAUUUCUGCACUACAUCCAGGCCCACCACCAAAAGCUCAGGAACCUAACCCUUCACCAAAGUAUGGUGGGGAGGAAGACCCCAUGCUAACAUCAGAAGUGGCAGCUCAUUACACUGAAGUUUGUGGAGGUGAUCUUAGCAGCAGAUCUUGCUCAAAGAUCUGUUCAGUUAACAUCUUUCCCAAUGGCCAUCGUGACAAAGCACUCAAGGUCUAUGUGGUCCCUGACGAGCAAAGCAACAAGUCAUUAGCUCGCUCUGAGUUUUUUGACACAUUCAAGGAAAAAGGCCGAGUUUCUUCAUAUACCCUCAAAACCUGUUCUGGAGUAACAGAGAUACUUGGAAGAAAAGCUUUUGGCUACCAAAUUGAGUCAAUAGAUGGGAAAGUGAGAAUCCCCUUACCAAGUCUACUAGAGUGCAACAACAUCCUUAACAACAGAGCAGAAAUUCCCACACCUACUGCUGCUCGCUAGUACUGUCAGCUCAGACCUUCAGCAGACUUCAUCCCGGAGUUAGUGCCAGAGACACCCAUCGUGAUUCUUCUGGGUCGUGACAUUAUCCGAGUGUAUAAGAUCCGCAAGCAGGUGAAUGGUCCUCAUGACGCCCCUUAUGCCCAAAAGAUUGACCUAGGAUGAGUGAUAGUCGGCGAUAUCUGUUUGAACAGCAUUUACAAGUCCACGACAGUGAGUAUGUUCUGCACCAACGUCCUAGAACAGCGACGGCCUUCCGUCUUUCAACCCUAUCCUUAUGUCUUUCAUGUUAAAGAAAAACCUAGACUCUGUCAGUACAGUACGCUUCUCCAAAUUUUUCAGUUGGAAAUCACUGACGCAGGCCAUUGCAUGCCUUGUCCAUAUAUCUCGUCAGCUUUCCAAAACCCAAACAACACCAGCACCAGGUUGCAGAGGUUGGCAUUACUGCUCCCUAGCAUUAUCAGUUGAAGAGCUUUUCCAUGCUGAAAAGAUCAUCAUUCAAGCUGUUCAAAGACAAGAAUAUGCCCAAGAAUUCCUGUGUCUGAAGAGAAUAGAGAAGCUCCCUAAAACCAGCCCUCUUAAGGGCUUAGACCCCUUCGUAGAUGAAGAUACCCUUCUGAGUGUUGGUGGUCGCCUUCCCGAAGCAGACCACCAAUUAAGUGGAAAAAAAAAAAAAACCACUUCUUAUUCCUGGUAAACACCACAUUGCAACCAUAUUAGUCAGAUACAAUCAUGAGAAAAUACAGCACCAGGGACGACUAUUCACUGCCAUACGUGCUGCUGGCUUUUGGAAAGUUGGUGGCAAAAGGUGUGUCUGUAAGGUCAUUCACGAGUGUGUCACAUGCCGUAAACUUUGUGGGAAGCUACAAACCCAAAAGAUGGCUGACCUCCCACCAGAUCAUGUCUCCACUGACCCCCUAUUCACGAAUGUCGGCUUAGACGUUUUCGGCCCAUGGACAGUGUUAGCACAAUGUACUAGAGGCAGCCACGCACAUAGUAAGAGGUGGGCUUUGAUGUUUACCUGCAUGAGUGCGAAAGCUGUGCACAUUGAGCUUAUUGAGUCCUUAGACACGUCCAGCUUCAUUAAUGCUCUCGGACGUUUCCUGACCAUCAGAUCCCCUGUAAAGCUCAUCUGUUCGGACUGAGGGACGAAUUUUGUCAGCACUUGUAAAGAGCUCAACAUUCCGUCCAACACUGACAAUAAUUCUGUCAAGAAAUUCCUCUCAGACCAAAGGUGCAUCUGGCAGUUUAACCCUCCCCAUGCCUCUCACAUGGGUGGUUCAUGGAAAAGGAUGAUUGGCAUUGCUAGAAGGAUCCUAUACACAAUGUUUAGACAGGUUGGACCUUCAGAGCUGACACAUGAGGCACUCUCCACUCUGAUGGCAGAGGUAGCUGCAAUAAUUGAUGCUCGACCUCUUAUCCCUGUGUCCACUGACCCAGAUGACCCAUUCAUACUUACACCCAACACCCUUCUCACAGAGAAAGUGACAACUCCUACAGCUCCAGUUGAGGAUUGGAUCAGAAACCUCCACAAACAACAGUGGCGUCAGGUUCAACACCUAGCCCAAAUCUUCUGGGACAAAUGGAAAAAACAAUACUUGACCCUUUUACAGCCUAGGAGGAAGUGGCCAUCCUCUG